CCAAUUGAACCAUCGAGGUCCCGAAAAUUUUGGCGACGGGGCGGCUUUGGAACUGGCCCGUUGGAUUACCAAUGCGACGACGCCAUUUUGUCUAGGGGAAGCCGAAAACCCAUCUCCGCGCCGGCUGCUGCACUCGACAGCCACCCCGUCUGAUUUGGUUUCCUUAGCGCCCUUAUCCGCGAGCGUCUUCUCCUUGUGUCUAGCCCGAUACUCACAAUGUACCGCGCCACAUUACGCUCAACAGCGCGCGCGGCGCGGUCUGCUGCGCCGACGACCACCCUCACAUCCACCUCUCGCAGGUAUCUCAGCUUCAAGCCCUCAGACAAGCCCAGGACCUGGAAGGGAGCUGCUGUGAGGUGGGGGUUGGCUGCCGGUGCCCUCUACUGGUACAACACAAGCCCGAUCUUCGCCGAUGAGCCGCUUCCCCAAACGAUCCCCGCGCCUCCCCAGUUCUCCGAUGACGAUCUCCCUACCGUGGAGUCCGUGAUUGCGCAGAAGCGCAAGGAGGCCGAGGCCAGGGAAAAACGGGCUGCGGCGUCUGCCCCGCCAACUCCGCCACCAUCUGAGAAGGAGAAGAAGGAGACAAAGCCGACCAAGGAGGACCCCGCCACCCCUAUGGCGGCACCGGAGCCGGGUUCCCCGGAGGCGCUUGAGGAGGAGGCGAGCCAGCAGGGCGCAUUCAACCCGGAGACGGGCGAGAUCAACUGGGACUGCCCCUGCCUGGGUGGAAUGGCCGAUGGACCCUGUGGAGAGCAGUUCAAGGCCGCGUUCAGCUGCUUCGUCUACUCUACCGAGGAGCCCAAGGGCAUGGACUGCAUCGACAAAUUCCAGCACAUGCAAGACUGCUUCAAGAAGUACCCUGAGAUUUACGGCAGCGAGCUCGCGGAUGAGGACGGAGAGGAGCCCACCGAUGCUCCUGCCAGCAGCGAGGACGCACCCGCUGCCGCCCCCAAGGCAGCGAUGGAAAUCCAAGAGAAGUCCGAGAACUCGGCCAUCGCCGUCGCUUCCACCCCCAAGGAGGAGGAUAAGGAGGCCCAGGAAACUCCAAAGAACCCCCCAGCCCCAGCUACAACCCCGGAAGAGGAGAACAAGACGUCUGUAGCACCAGCCUCAACACCCAAGGCUACUAGCGACGCAACGGCUGCCAACCAGAAGUAAUUAUUCGCAAAAACGGAGAAUGAGUGACUGGGACGGUCUUAGACAAAACAACCAAGAUAUAUACGUGGCUUUGUGUGAAUAUUUAGACCGGUUUGGAGGGUGGGCUUGCUAGAGGGACUGGCGACCAUCGAGCAACAGGUUAGGGGUGAGGGGCAAGUUAGCCCCUGGGCUGGAUUCUCCCAAAAUGGGACUGUAAAACUCACAGCGAUCUGUAUAUACGCGUAGAAGCGAAGACAAGGAAACUAAUCCUCUCUAAUUG